AUGCCUAUUUCUCCAGCAUUUUUGCACUCCCAACCUCCUAACGAAACCCAAAAGCUCCUUUUGGUGCUUUUGGCCAUUUUCCUUGCCCCAUUGCCUUUUUACCUCUUGACAGGACCAAACUACACCAUUAGAACUAAGGAAUUUUUAAUUAGUUUCUUGUUGACGCUUUUGGUUCCUUUUGGUGGUUUCCUUUACGCUCUUUACUUCAUUUGUGUUGGUUUGCCACAAGCCCUUGCCGCUUCAGGUGCUGAUGGCUACAUUAGAGUCAACGGCGAUUUGGAACAUGGUGAGACCGCCGUUGCUGGUGACGAUGCCGAGGCUCCCGCUGCUCCUAAGGAUUCCGGUUCUAAGGAUGCUGCUCCUAAGGCUGCUCCACAGUCUCUGUACAGGGACACUCCAGACAACCUUCCAUCUUACGAGGAAGUGGAGGGAUCCAGCAAUGGAGCUCGUGCUCCUGUAGACUCCAAGUUCGGUGGUGACAACAAGGUACAAGUUUAA